AUGGUCAAGGAGGCAUUCUAUCUCGUUGCGUCGCUCGCGACGGGCGCAUACGUUGCCUGGACCGCCGUCGAGCUUGUCUCCCUUCGCUACUUCGGCCACGAUCAGACGGGUCUCUGGGGAGCAUAUUCUUCCCCAUGGAUAGCCGCCAUCAUGAUGCCCGUUUUUCUCGUGCUGCGGUCCAGGCACAGUUAUUUUCGCUCCAUGCGGGUUCAUAAGACGCUGCCCGCGAACGUCUAUCCGCACAAAGAUCCGAUCCUGGGCAUGGACUUGCUAUGGCUCGGCAAGUCGGCCAUCGCAAGCAAUUCCAUACUCGAGAUGUGGGAUGACAUGUUCUCGGAGGUUGGACAAACCUUUUGGCACAACUCGAUCGGCAGAUGGCAGCUCAUGACGAACGAAGCGGAGAAUGUGAAGGCGAUUCUCUCGACCCAGUUCGAGGCCUGGCCCAUCGGUGGUACACGGCAGAUGUCAUCGGCGCUGGCGCUGGGUUGGCAUGCCAUCUUCUCGGCCAACGGACCUGAGUGGGCGAGCGCGCGAGCGCUCAUCCGUCCCAGCUUUGUUCGGAAUCAGAUUGCGGACCUCGAGUGCAUCGACAGACACGUCGAGAAUUUUCUAGCGAGGCUCCCUCAGGACCGGACAAAGGAGGUUGAUUUGCAAGAGUUGCUCUACAUGUUCACCAUGGACACGUCGACGGAUUUCAUGUUUGGUUACUCGACCGACAUGCUCGUUGCUCCUACCGAGGAGGCGGUUCAGUUUACAAAGUCAUUUGAGUAUUCGCUCAUGUCGUCGUCCAACCGGGGCCGGCUGGGAUGGCUCUUGAUGCUUCUGCCGGACAAGAAGCUCGACGAGUCGGUGGCGUAUUGCAAAUCUUUCAUAGGCAAGCACGUGGCGGCGGCACUGCAACGAAACAAGGCGAAAGAGCGACCGUACGUGUUCAUGAACGAGAUGAUCAACUCGGGUGCGCCCAACGAGGUUAUCACCGAGCAGCUGCUGGCCAUGGUCCUCGGUGGCCGAGACACGAGCGCGAGCACGAUGAGCAGCAUGUUUUGGCAGCUCGCGCGGCGGCCGGAGGUGGUCCGAAAGAUUCGUAGGGAGAUCGAAGUGUUAGGAGGUCGUCGGCCGACGUGGGAGGAGCUCAAGGGACUCAAGUACCUGAACAAUGUCCUCAAAGAAAUCCCGGGCAACCUGCGGUGUGCAAGCAAGGAUACCGUCCUCCCCAAGGGCGGCGGCAAGGAUGGACAAGGGCCGCUCUUCGUACCCAAGGGCACCAGCUGCCGCUUCAGCCUGUACACAUUGCAGCGACGGAAGGAUGUAUUCGGUGAAGAUGCUGACGAUUUCCGGCCCGAGCGGUGGGAUGGACUCCGAACCUCGUGGGAGUACCUUCCCUUUAGCGGCGGUCCACGAAUUUGCAUCGGCCAGCAGUUUGCCUUGACCAUGAUGCUCUACCUUGUCGCUCGUUUCUUCCAGACCUUUGACGCCCUCGAGGCGGCCGACGACCGGCCCAUGGUGCAGCUGACAAGCGCGACAAUCAGCCUGUCAAACAAGUGCUGGGUGCGAUUGGAAAAGAUUGACGGCUUCAGAGUUGGAGGAGGCUGCCGAAAUGGGGAGUCAGAAGAAUAA